CUUUUCUUCUUUUCUUUUCUUUUCCUUGAUCGAUUGAUUGAUUUGAUCGAUUUGAUUGAUUGAUUGAGGUUGUAUGUAUUUGCAAUGCGCUGACAAGUCAAGUUGCUACCUAGUACCUAGCUUACCUGCCUACCUGUUUCAGGAGCAACCCGUGCUGUGUACACCCACUCUACUCUAGGUAGUAACCAACUACCUAGCAGGUAUUCAGGUCACGUUCCAAUGUUCCAAUGUUCCAUCGCCGUGCUGGCGCGCGUCCGGCGAUGUUGUUGCUGCUGCUGUUACUGCUGCUGCUGCGGAUCCAGCUGCGGAUGCUGGUGGUGUAGUGUUGGGUUGCCGGGUUGCUGUCACCGCUUGCUUGCUCGACUUCAACGCCGACUUCGCUGUGGGAGGGACAGGUCACGGAACACUAGCCACGUCUCCUCCUCCUCCUCCUCCUCCUUGGUUACAUAGUCGAUGCCCCAGCUUUGGAGCGAACGAACGGAGGAAGGAAGGAACGAACGGAGGAAGGAAGGAACGAACGGAGGAAGGAAGGAA